AUGGCCCAUUGUCUCCACCAGCAGCUGGAGGUGAUCCCGGGCUACGAGGAGCUGCUGGCCGACAUCGUGAACAUCUGCGUGGAUUACUACGAGAACAAGAUGUACCUGACGCCCAGCGAGAAGCACAUGCUGCUCAAGGUGAUGGGCUUCGGCCUCUAUCUGAUGGAUGGGAACGUCAGCAACAUUUACAAGCUGGAUGCCAAGAAGAGAAUCAACCUUAGCAAAAUCGACAAGUUCUUCAAGCAGCUGCAGGUGGUGCCUCUGUUCGGGGACAUGCAGAUCGAGCUGGCCAGAUACAUUAAGACCAGUGCUCACUACGAGGAGAACAAAUCCAAGUGGACCUGCACCCAAAGCAGCAUCAGCCCCCAGUACAACAUCUGCGAGCAGAUGGUGCAGAUCCGGGACGACCACAUCCGCUUCAUCUCCGAGCUGGCCCGCUACAGCAACAGCGAGGUGGUGACCGGCUCGGGGCUGGACAGCCAGAAGUCGGACGAGGAGUACCGGGAGCUCUUCGACCUGGCGCUGCGGGGCCUGCAGCUCCUAUCCAAGUGGAGUGCCCACGUCAUGGAGGUGUACUCUUGGAAGCUGGUUCACCCCACAGACAAGUUCUGCAACAAGGACUGCCCGGGCACGGCGGAGGAAUACGAGAGAGCCACGUGCUACAACUACACCAGUGAGGAGAAGUUCGCCUUCGUGGAGGUGAUCGCCAUGAUCAAAGGCCUGCAGGUGCUCAUGGGCCGCAUGGAGAGCGUGUUCAACCAGGCGAUCCGGAACACCAUCUACGCCGCCCUGCAGGACUUCGCGCAGGUGACCCUGCGGGAGCCGCUCAGGCAAGCCGUGCGCAAGAAGAACGUCCUCAUCAGCGUCCUGCAGGCCAUCCGCAAGACCAUCUGCGAUUGGGAGGGCGGGCGUGAACCCCCCAACGACCCCUGCCUGCGAGGAGAGAAGGACCCCAAAGGGGGCUUCGACAUCAAGGUGCCCCGCCGAGCCGUCGGGCCCUCCAGCACCCAGGCCUGCCAGUGGUCCCCGAGGGCUUUGUUUCACCCCACUGGUGGCACACAGGGCCGAAGAGGCUGCCGAUCCCUGCUGUACAUGGUGCGCACCAUGCUCGAGUCGCUCAUCGCGGACAAGAGCGGCUCCAAGAAGACCCUGCGGAGCAGCCUGGACGGCCCCAUUGUGCUGGCCAUCGAGGAUUUCCACAAGCAGUCCUUCUUCUUCACCCAUCUGCUCAACAUCAGCGAAGCGCUGCAGCAGUGCUGUGACCUCUCCCAGCUCUGGUUCCGAGAGUUCUUCCUGGAGCUCACGAUGGGCCGGCGCAUCCAGUUCCCCAUCGAGAUGUCCAUGCCUUGGAUUCUGAGAGACCACAUCCUGGAGACCAAGGAGCCUUCCAUGAUGGAGUACGUCCUCUACCCGCUGGACCUGUACAACGACAGCGCCUACUACGCGCUGACCAAGUUCAAGAAGCAGUUCCUGUACGACGAGAUCGAGGCCGAGGUGAACCUGUGUUUUGAUCAGUUUGUCUACAAGCUGGCGGACCAGAUCUUUGCCUACUACAAGGCCAUGGCGGGCAGCGUCCUCUUGGACAAACGCUUCCGGGCCGAGUGUAAGAAUUACGGCGUCAUCAUCCCGUACCCGCCCUCCAACCGCUACGAGACGCUGCUGAAGCAGAGACACGUGCAGGUAUUGGGGGGGGGGGCUCUAGAGAAGAUGGUGCAGAGCUGCAACGUCGGGGGAUUACACAUUCGGAUGCAGAACAACGUGUGCAUUCUGUAUGAUUUGAUUGAAGUAAAAGGGGAUUUUUAG